CAAAUGUAUGCAACCAGGGCUUCACCACAUUAGAUCCGUGACUUCGUGCCACAACCUAACCUAAUUCAAGGGUCAUAUUUGUGUUGUUCAUUAUACCGGUUUUCUCCGAUUUCCUUCCAAAACCCCAUUAAAAUGACUGAGCAACAGCUUUCCACUGUUGAAGCUGAAUUAUAUGACCGACAGAUUCGAUUGUGGGGCAUCAAGUCGCAAGAAAGACUCAGAGCCGCCAAUAUUCUUCUGAUUGGCGUCAGAGGCUUGGGAUCAGAAAUCGCCAAGAAUAUUAUGCUAUCGGGAAUCAAUUCUUUGGUUAUACUAGACGAUGGGGAGGUAACCGAAGAGGAACCGCAGACAAACUUUCUGAUCAACCAAGACAGCAUUGGGAUGAAGAUUGCUGAUGCAGUACUGGUCAAGGCUCAGGCACUGAAUCCCCUGGUGAAAGUCAGCGCAGACACCUCAGAUCUCGCCACAAAAGAUCCAAAGUUCUUUGAGGGGUUUACAAUGAUUAUUGCUACUCGAAUCAAAACAGACUUGCUGAUGAAAAUCGACAAAGUAUGCAGAGCCAAUAAUGUUAAGCUGAUUUUUGGGGACGUCUUUGGAUCCUUUGGAUAUUCGGUCUCAGAUUUCCAAGAACAUGACUACUACGAGGACCAACUAAGAUUGGUAUCCAAAAAGCGCGUCCUCGAUGCUACUGAGACCAAACCAGAGAAGGAAACAGUCAACGUAAAGGGCCAAAUUGUAUAUCCUGAACUCAACAAAGUACUGAUUUUACCAAACACCAAGCAAAGCGUGGAUCAUAUCAAGAAAGUGAAACGGCGGAACGAGUAUUUCUUUUUAAUGCUCAUUCUUCUGGAAUUCCGAAAUCGCCAAAACCGCAAUCCGGACAUCGAGCACAAAGAAAAAGACAUCGCCCUGCUACAAGACAUUAAAAUUGCCGUGCUGGAUUUGUACGGUUUUGAUCAUCACAAACUCAAUGAUGUACUAUUUGAGUUAGUGUUUGGCGAAGUUGUGCCAGUUUGUGCUGUGCUGGGCGGCGUGAUUGCCCAAGAAGUGAUUAAGGCCGUUUCGCAGAAGGAAGUUCCCAUUAAUAACGUGUUCCUCUUUGAUCCUGUAACGUUUUGCGGGAAAGAAGAAACCGUGGCCUGAAACUGUUCGAAGUUGGCACAUUUAAUUAAUUGAUCAUUCGAAAGUUAUUUAAGAUUUAUUCUGUAUUUGCAAUUUGUAUCAUCUAAAUAAACGGAUAGAAAUUA